AUGCAUUUGCCAACGCCAGACGACAGCAAUUGGAAACUCCCCAAUGGAAAUAGCACCCCUUGUCAAAGAAUAACUUCGAAGCAUCACAAAAGCUGCUUGCCAAAGUGCUUGAUCAUCCUUCAAUGCCCAAAGGAAAAUCAGUGCCGACCAGAGGAAUCAUUGACCAGAGAAGCGACAAUUGGGAUAUCAGCUAUGACAUUCCAUCUACUACCAAUGAGAAGACGCCAGUACUACCAUGGGAAUUUCAAUUCUCCCUUGGCGUCUGGCCUUGGAGCAAAACCAGCUCCAGACAAGUUCUAUUUGCCAGACAUGGUUCGAAUCUGGUGUCCAAGGGAACAGUUCCACAGCAUAAAGUUCCAGUACACUUGUCCCAGCUGCCAAUGCUGCUCAAUCAUCCAAAAAGAACCAACUUGGAGGCCAGCUUUUGAACAAAAUGAGAUCCGCUGGGUCUAUUGCCACCGCUUGGAAUGCAAGAAUGAUGGUUGUAAAGGGGGCACUUUCAAUUCAACCGACCCAUCAUUCCUUGGUAUGCUUCCCACUUGUAUUGCAGACAGCUUUGAAUUCAUCUUUCCCCCUCAAGGACCUGGAGUUUCAAGAGUCAUGCUUCGUCGUUUGUCACUGCAAAUAGACAAUCAUGUGCUAUUUGGAGCGUGGGUUCGUGAGGUGAAUGGUAUGAUGUGGGAAUGGUACUUUCAAAAGUCCAAUCAAUACCUUGAAUUGCUGAACGAUUGGCUUGAAAAAUGGCCUUCUGUCUCAAGCUAUGAUGGCAGACCUCCACUGCACUGUACUAGCUACAAUGGCAGACCAAUAAUCCCAUACUCGGCAUUUGGAGAGGCUGGUCACCACAAUGGAAUUAUGAUGACUGAAAACCUCGCCAAAACACUCUUUCGGCUUGUGGAAGGCGGGAAAAGACUGCAAUACAACCAGAAUUCGUUUGCAGCAUGGCAGGAUGAAGGCUUGAGAGCUGUGUGA